UUAUUCUUCCCACGUUGCAUGCUUCAAGGUGUCAACUCGUGGUGGCCUGGACACUAUCCUUUGUAGACGUUGGAGCUUCAUUCUGGGCCCCACUGGAACCGCCGGGAGCCUCGUUCAGGAGCCCGCAGACUUUUCUAUGGCGGCGUUCAACCACUGGUUAUAGACAUUCUCAACGCUAAGAUGCUUAGCUGUGUUCUUCAUCUCUUUCAUUGUUCGUGUGUUGGGGCUAGGCUUGUUACGAUCGUCCUGGCAAUCUGUUGCCCAUCCCAGGCCCCGCGCGCCUCGGUCAUCAACGAUGUCGCCCCAUUCAUUGUCAUUGAGCUUUAUCCUGCAGAUGCAAAUUAGGCUGUGCCACCCUCAACUCAGCCGGACGGGCCAAAAUCAACGAGAACGUCGAUUCGGUCCCGCCAAGAAAUCCGAUUUUGACGGAGAUCUAGCCCCUGAAUACAUCUUCACCCCCCAGAAUUUCACCAGUGCCCGUGAAAACAAACAGGAUGCCAAUCAAACUUUUCUCCGGAACUUCAUUCUGUGGCGCGAACUCAAUUUUCGGUUUCGCAGCCAAGCCUUCGGUGGAAGGGGGGUGGGAAGCUAUUUUUCCUUUGGGGGUGAAGUCCACGGGAACCAAAUCCUCACUCUGAGAUUCGGUCCGUUUCGCCACACGAAAAAAUCCCAAAAGAUGAGCGAGAGUCACCCUAAGGGAAAGGGUAUGUAGAUAAGAUUGAAGAGGAUGAGGAUCGUUUGCAGUACUUUGGAUUUGGAUCUGUUGGUCGUUGAGCCUCGGGAGAGCCGGGGCUUGAUGAUAUCAGAUCAAGCAGUAAGCGAAGAGCAGCUCCGAAAUUGCGGAAGCGAGCUCUGACUCGGCGUUCUGACGUUUGGAGAGCAGAGCGAUGACACCUGUCGUCAGCUUCCAGCUGGUUUGGCGAUCAUAGAAAGCAGAAGCCUUCAUGUCCUUCGACAGAGCGGCAGAACGAGAAUUCGUGGUGCUUCGAACGGUUCGGUUUGAGCCAGAAACCGAGCUGUCACAGACAAAG